GAGAGAGAGAGAGAGAGAGAGAAAGGGUGCAUGACGAAGGAGGCUACGCCUCACACUUCCCCUCCCAUCCCUGUCUGCAGCGCCAGACAGCAUUGCACCGGCUGCUGUGUAGGCUGAAUGGAGGCUCAGGCAGACUCCAGUGCUGCAGAGCCUAACAGACAGAAAGACUUUCAGAAACUUCUCAAGUCGUCCAGCUCUGCUAGUCUCACUACUGAGGCGUCUCACAAUGCUGCAGGAGAGCAAGUCGGGACCCCCGGGCACCACUGCAGCCAGGUCCUGACCGCAGAGAGACGGCAGCCACUGAGCAGCGUGUCCUCUCUAGAGGUUCACUUUGAUCUGCUGGACCUGACAGAGCUGACUGACAUGUCUGAUCAAGAGCUGGGAGAAGUGUUUGCUGAUUCAGAUGAAGAGAAUCACAAUGAAUUGCCAGCAAAUCAUCAGCCACCAUUGCCUCGUUUCCCUCAUGGCGGUUACGUCCGAUCGCCCUCCUGGACCCGAGGGUGCAAAGGGGAGCAGCAACCCAGAGACAGGAAGCAUCACAGCGACUCAGAGAACACUGAGCCUUUGCUAAAGAUCGAGCGCUCCCAAUCGCAGCAGCCCUGAGCCACGGCCAGCUACGUGGGCUCAGAGAGGACAUGCCGUCCUUGUCUGGGGGAUGAAGAUUCCUUCCCAAGGAAGCGAUGAGGGAUCUCUGAAAGGACACAGAGACCCCUGCUCAAGAUACAGCGAUCUUUCUGCCUAAAAGAGGCAAAUUGAGCCAAUAGAUAACAUCAAAUGGUGAUAGAAGAGUGGGCUCUCCAGGAAAUGCAAAAUUUCUCCUCUAACCAGCAAUCAAUGGGAAAUGUAUCAGUGAUACAGUUAACCAGUUUUCAGCAUAGCUAUGUGACGAACUGGCAGCAUGACCUCAUGAAGCUUUCUGGCACAUUCGGUGUCUUCAAGGAUCAUUUUAAUGGAGAAGAACUGACCUAAGGCGCUGUCGAGAAGUGAUAUUUUAAUGUGUGAGGCAAUUCAUCAACAGCAAGUUUGUUCUACAAGUGGGACAAAAAACCUCACCUGCAUUAUCAUACACAUAGACUAGCUCCCGAAUUAUUUAAAAAACGGGGAGAAUUAUAUAAAAUUAGGAAGAGCAACCAGUUUAUGCCUAAACAUCAAAGCAAUUAUAUUUUUCAUCCAAAUAUUCCCACUAGUAUUCCUCUACGUGUUUUGAGUCCUAAAUUCAAAUUCAAAUUGAAAAGAUUAAAUGAACAACAUGCCAUUCAAUUGUGUGAAACUUUUUCACUUGAGCAUUUAUAAAACAGUAUGACAGUUACAGGUUAUUACAGGGUUAAAUGUUACGCAUGUUUAAAACAGGGUAUGACAUUAUACAUGAAGAAAUGAUGACAGGUAAAACAGGCAAACCAACCUAAAUGAA